AAUCCACGCUACCAUUGCUACUCAUCACUGCCAUUGGACAUCGCUACUACAUCCCGUCGACGAUAAUAUCACGGCAUCAUGGCGGCGAGAAAGCUCGCAGCUGAGAUCGACCGGACGCUCAAGAAGGUGGGCGAGGGAGUCGAGCAGUUCGAGUCGCUUUACGACAAGAUGCAACAGUCGCAGAACCAGGCUCAGAAGGAGAAGAUGGAGAGUGACUUGAAGACGCAGAUCAAGAAGCUGCAGAGGUUGAGGGAUCAAAUCAAGACGUGGCAGCAGAGCAAUGACAUCAAGGACAAGAAGGCAUUGAAUGACAGCAGAAGGUCUAUUGAGAUGCAAAUGGAGCGCUUCAAGGCCACUGAGAAGGAGAUGAAGACUAAAGCCUUCUCAAAGGAGGGCCUCAUUGCCGCUGCCCGCCUCGACCCGGCAGAAAAGGCAAAAGCAGAUAUGGCCAACUGGCUGUCCACUCAAGUCGACGAGCUUAGCAGGCAGACCGAGGCGACCGAGGCAGAGAUCGAGCAGAUGCAGGCAGGAGCUGGCAAGAAGAAGAAGUCAGCAGCCGCGGGGGCGUCGGCUGAAAAGCAGGCCAGCCUCGAGCAUCUCAAUGAGAGGAGAGGGUGGCAUGUCUCGAGGAUUGAGAUCCUUCAUCGCAUGGUCGAAAAUGGUCAAGUGGAGCCAGAGAGAGUCGAGGAUAUAAAGGAAGACAUCUCCUACUUUGUCGAGUCCAAUGCGGAGGAGGAGUUCGAGGAAGACGAAGGCAUCUACGAUGACUUUGACCUCGAUGAGCAGGAGGAGAUGUACGGCAUCAAGAACGAGGACGAUCUCGUCUCCAGCCACGAUGGAGACGAGCCGCCGACGCCGGUUCUGUCGUCCAAGCCGUCCGCGCCAGCAGCUGUCCCGACUGGCCCAGCCAGUCAGAGCACGCCAUCCAAAAGGCGAGAGAGCGAGAGCAAGGAGGAUGCAGCAACGGGAAGCAGCAGCACGAGGAAGGCCAGCGGAGCGCACGCUGCCUCUGCAUCAUCGGCGACCCCAUCAGCGUCUCGCAAGGCGUCCGACCCGUCAACGCGGCCGUCACCCUCAGACCCAAAGCCUCCUCCGGUCCCACCUGCCAACUUCGCAGCAGCAAAGCAACAGCCGACCUUGUCGCCGACGCAGAUGGUCACGUCACCGCCAAAGUCAGCCGCACCGCCGCCGAUUCGAUACGCUGCUGCUGCUGCUGCUGCAGUAGGGUCCAGCAACGCUCCACCGGCUGCUCCGUCACCUACAGCGACGACCAACGAACCGCUGCCGCCAGUCAGCUCAGCGCCCGACUCUUCAGCGCCAUCAUCAGAGCCAGCCGUACCAACAGCGCCAGCAGCAGCAGCGAAUGCCGCUCCAUCGCCGCCCAACGGAGAAGCCGCUGCCGCCUCAUCCUCCGCAGCUCCUGGAGCAGGCGCGCCACCAGCUCCGCCCGGGCUUGUACGAACGCAAAGCCCAGCAGUCAAUGGAAGUGGCGGCAAGCCGAGCCCAAGCCUCACGCACUCGAGCUUGCGACAGGAGAGCACAACCGCUGCCUCGACGGCAGAUAUCGACGGUCUCCCCUCGACGUCGUCGUCUUCCCCGCAAGCAGCCUUCCAACCCGCUUCCCUCUCCGGCGCUUCGGGCGCAGCCAACGCCGUCCAGCCCACGGGCGGCUCAUCGGCAGCGACGGCUUCUGCAACAACGCCGACCAAGGCCACAGCAGAGAAUCGUGUCCCGUCUUCCUUGGCGGAUCUGGUGACCAGCUUCGAGUCAGCGAAGCAGCGCUCUCUCACGCGGGCCAAUGAAGACAACAUGGCUUCCCUUCACCAGUCUCUGGAGUCAUCCUUCCUGACCGUGCCAGAGCCACUGGACAGUGAGAAGCCCAAGUACUAUAUCCCGCGCAACCCCUACCCCACACCUGCCUACUACCCGCAGACCCCGGCGAGCAUCUUCGACAAUCCCUCGCUCUACUCCAAGUUCGAUGAGGACACCCUCUUCUUCAUCUUCUACUACCAGCAGGGUACCUAUCACCAGUAUCUUGCUGCUCGUGAGCUGAAGAAGCAGAGCUGGCGCUUCCAUAAGCAAUUCUUGACUUGGUUUAGGAGGCAUUCAGAGCCGCAGGCGAUUACCGAUGAGUUUGAGCAGGGGGUGUACGUCUACUUUGACUGGGAGGGUAGCUGGGCGCAGAGGAAGAAGAGCGAUUUCAGGUUUGAGUAUAGGUGGUUGGAGGAUUGAGCGCAGCGUAGCGCGAGAGGCUGCAGUGCUGACUCGAUUCGAGGGAAGGGGCCUGGGCGUAGGCUGGCGGCGGGCGUCACAACUUAGGGCAAGGCGGUGAUGAUUCUACCUGUCCUCCUCCUUCGCAACUUCUUGUCUCAUCUUGUACUGGUAUCAAUGAUUCCUCCGCCACCAAGACUUCUCUUUACAUCUACUUGCAAACUCCCUUCGCUGUGCGUCUAGACAGGCGUCGCCUUCCUCGAUUCAGUCCCACUCUCAAAGCUAUUCAGCCGCCAAAGCGCGAUCACCAGCGGUACCAGCUCUGGCGUUCGACUUGGGACAGCGAUCUCUUGCAGUCCAUCGUCGGCUUUCGUCGCCUGCUCGACACGAUGGUGAAACGGCGCUAG